GCCGGGCAGGGAGUCGCCUCCGCCCGCUGGCUCCAGGUCCAGGAGCGAGAGCAGCCGCAGCUGGGAGCGGAGCAGGCACGGUGGAGACCUGCUACCGCCCCUCGCCCUCCUCCUCCUCCUGCCCCUCGCACCAUGGCCCGCUGCACAUCGGCGGCCGGGCUCGGCUUCGUGCUCCUGCUCUGGAGCGGGGCGCUUUUCCUCGCCGCCUCCCCGCAGCCCCAGCCGCCGCCGCCGCGGGGCAGCGUGUGGUGCCCCAGCCGCUGCUUGUGCUUCCGCACCACGGUGCGCUGCAUGCAUCUGAUGCUGGAAAGCGUCCCCGCCGUGUCGCCCCAAACCACCAUCCUAGAUCUACGGUUUAAUAGAAUUAAAGAAAUUCAGCCUGGAGCAUUUAGACGGCUUAAAAACCUGAACACACUGCUUCUAAACAACAAUCAGAUUAAAAGAAUACCUAGUGGGGCAUUUGAAGACCUUGAAAAUCUAAAAUAUCUCUAUUUGUACAAGAAUGAAAUCCAGUCAAUUGACAGGCAAGCAUUUAAAGGACUUGCCUCUCUAGAACAACUGUAUCUGCACUUUAAUCACAUAGAAACAUUGGAACCUGAAUCCUUUACGCAUCUUCCAAAACUUGAAAGACUAUUUUUGCAUAAUAACAGAAUAGCUCAUUUAGUUCCUGGGACAUUUAGUCAUUUGGAAUCUAUGAAGAGACUGCGUCUGGAUUCAAAUGCUCUGCAGUGUGACUGUGAAAUCCUAUGGCUGGCAGACUUGUUGAAGACAUAUGCAGAAUCUGGUAAUGCUCAAGCAGCAGCUACUUGUGAGUAUCCAAGGAGGAUCCAGGGGCGAUCAGUGGCCACAAUAACACCAGAAGAACUUAACUGUGAGAGGCCAAGAAUUACGUCAGAACCUCAGGAUGUGGACGUUACCUCAGGGAAUACAGUGUACUUCACUUGCAGAGCUGAAGGCAAUCCCAAACCAGAAAUUAUCUGGCUUCGAAACAAUAAUGAGCUCAGUAUGCAAACAGAUUCCCGUCUAAACUUGCUAGAUGAUGGCACUCUGAUGAUUCAGAAUACUCAAGAGACAGACCAGGGUAUUUACCAGUGCAUGGCGAAAAAUGUGGCAGGAGAAGUGAAAACUCAAGAAGUUACUCUUAGAUACUUUGGGUCACCAGCCAGGCCAAGUUUUGUGAUCCACCCACAAAAUACAGAAGUAUUAGUUGGAGAAAGUGUUACUUUGGAAUGCAGUGCAACCGGCCAUCCGCAACCGCGGAUCACAUGGACAAAAGGCGACAGAACCCCUUUACCAAAUGAUCCUCGCAUCACAAUCACUCCUUCAGGAGGCCUAUACAUACAAAAUGUGAACCAGGAAGAUAGUGGCGAGUAUACCUGUUUUGCAACCAACAGUAUAGAUAAUAUCCAUGCAACUGCUUACAUCAUAGUGCAAGCUGUACCUCAGUUUACUGUCACUCCUCAAGACAGAGUAGUGAUUGAGGGCCACACUGUUGAUUUCCCUUGUGAAGCGCAAGGCUAUCCACAGCCUGUUAUUGCCUGGACUAAAGGAGGGAGCCAACUCUCUGUAGAUAGAAGACAUCUAGUACUAUCAUCUGGAACACUGAGGAUUUCCAGGGUUGCUCUUCACGACCAAGGCCAAUAUGAAUGUCAAGCCGUCAACAUUGUAGGAUCCCAAAGAACAGCUGUACAGUUAACAGUACAAACUAGAGUUACUCCUGUGUUUGCUAACGUUCCGAGUGAUAUGACAGUAGAAGUUGGCACAAACGUUCAGAUUCCAUGCAGUUCUCAAGGAGAGCCUGAGCCAGUAAUAACAUGGAAUAAGGAUGGAGUUCAGGUAACAGAAAGCGGAAAGUUUCACGUUAGUCCAGAGGGAUUUCUUACCAUUCGUGAUGUUGGAACAGCUGAUGAAGGUCGAUAUGAAUGUGUUGCCCGGAAUACUAUUGGAUACUCCUCAGUUAGCAUGGUGCUAAGUGUUAAUGUUCCUGAUGUCAGUCGAAAUGGAGAUCCAUUUGUAGCAACAUCAAUUGUUGAAGCAAUUGCAACAGUUGACAGAGCUAUAAAUUCAACACGUACACAUUUGUUUGACAGUCAUCCUCGUUCUCCAAAUGAUUUGCUAGCCUUGUUUCGAUACCCAAGAGAUCCUUACACUGUCGAGCAAGCAAGAGCUGGAGAAAUAUUUGAAAGAACAUUACAGCUAAUUCAAGAUCAUGUACAAGAUGGUUUAAUGGUUGACCUAAAUGGAACAAGCUAUCACUAUAACGAUCUUGUAUCUCCACAAUACUUGAACCUGAUAGCUAAUCUGUCAGGCUGCACAGCCCAUAGACGAGUGAAUAACUGCUCAGAUAUGUGCUUUCACCAGAAAUACAGGACACAUGAUGGAACUUGCAAUAACUUGCAGCAUCCGAUGUGGGGUGCCUCUCUGACAGCCUUUGAACGGUUGUUAAAGUCAGUCUAUGAAAAUGGAUUUAACUUGCCUAGGGGCAUUGGACCUAAUAGACGCUAUAAUGGAUACACGCUCCCCAUGCCUCGCUUGGUUUCAACAUCAUUAAUAGGAACUGAAACAAUAACCCCAGAUGAUCAGUUUACUCACUUUCUAAUGCAGUGGGGUCAGUUUCUUGAUCAUGACCUUGACUCCACAGUUGCAGCUCUGAGUGAAGCCAGGUUUUCUGAUGGUCAGCACUGCAGUUCAGUUUGUACAAAUGAUCCUCCAUGUUUCUCAAUCAUGGUACCACCAAAUGACCCCCGAGUUAGAAAUGGUGCACGGUGCAUGUUUUUUGUACGCUCCAGUCCUGUUUGUGGAAGUGGCAUGACAUCUCUUCUAAUGAAUUCUGUUUACCCACGAGAACAGAUUAACCAGCUGACUUCAUAUAUAGAUGCAUCCAAUGUGUAUGGCAGUUCAGACCAUGAGUCACAAGAAAUCAGAGACUUGGCAAGUCAAAGGGGUCUUCUGAGACAGGGCAUUGUACAGAGAUCUGGCAAGCCUCUUCUUCCAUUUGCUACUGGUCCACCAACAGAAUGCAUGAGAGAUGAAAACGAGAGCCCAAUUCCUUGCUUCUUAGCUGGGGAUCAUCGUGCUAAUGAGCAGCUGGGUCUCACCAGUAUGCAUACAUUGUGGUUUAGAGAACACAACAGAAUUGCUACAGAGUUACUGAAACUCAACCCACACUGGGAUGGGGACACAAUAUAUCAUGAAACACGCAAAAUUGUUGGUGCAGAAAUGCAACAUAUAACAUACAACCAUUGGCUACCUAAGAUCUUUGGAGAGGUAGGCAUGAAGAUGCUUGGCGAAUAUAAAGGUUAUGAUCCCAAUGUUAAUUCUGGCAUAACUAAUGAGUUUGCAACUGCCGCUUUUAGGUUUGGUCACACACUUAUCAAUCCCUUACUGUAUCGGCUGGAUGAAAACUUUGAACCUAUUCUGCAAGGCCAUAUACCUCUUCAUAAGGCAUUCUUCUCUCCCUUUCGGAUUGUAAAUGAAGGAGGCAUUGAUCCACUGUUAAGGGGAUUGUUUGGGGUUGCUGGUAAGAUGCGAGUACCAUCACAGUUACUCAAUACAGAAUUAACAGAGAGACUAUUCUCCAUGGCACGUACUGUGGCUUUAGAUCUGGCAGCUAUGAAUAUUCAGAGAGGCAGAGAUCAUGGAAUUCCUCCCUACCAUGAUUUUAGAGUUUACUGUAAUCUUUCUUCAGCUCAUACUUUUGAAGAUCUGAAAAACGAAAUUAGGAAUCCUGAAAUCAGGGAGAAACUUAGCAGGCUCUAUGGUUCACCUCUGAACAUAGAUUUAUUUCCUGCUCUUAUGGUAGAAGAUUUAGUUCCUGGUAGUCGAUUGGGGCCAACUUUGAUGUGUCUAUUGAGUACACAGUUUAAACGUCUUCGAGAUGGAGACAGGUUAUGGUAUGAGAAUCCUGGUGUAUUUAGUCCACCUCAGCUGACUCAGAUCAAGCAAACAUCUCUUGCCAGAAUUUUGUGCGACAACGCUGACAAUAUAACCAGAGUGCAACGUGAUGUCUUUAAGGUGGCUGAGUUCCCACAUGGUUAUGGUAGCUGUGAAGAAAUUCCGAAACUGGAUCUAAGGAUGUGGCAAGAUUGCUGUGAAGAUUGUAGAACUAGAGGGCAGUUUAAUGCAUUUUCAUAUCACUUCCGGGGAAGACGUUCUCUUGAUUAUAGCUUUCAGGAGGACAAGCCCUUGAAGAAAAUGAAAAUGCACAAAACAGUGAGUUCUACAAAACAGGGUAAACAUUUUAAUAAUGCCACUUCAGCUUCUGAUGAACAUAUAAAAUUACCUGUGGUGAAUGACUUCAGAGAAUUUGUUUUAGAAAUGCAAAAGACGAUCAAAAGUCUCAGAAAUCAGAUAAAGAAACUGGAAUCACGUCUCAGUAGAACUGAUUGCACUGAUGAAAAGGGUAAAUCGUACUCCAGCAAUGAAACCUGGAAAAGGGACCCUUGUACUAUGUGUGAAUGCAAAGUUGGUCAGAUUACCUGUUUUGUAGAAUCAUGUCCACCAACUGAUUGCUCUACACCAGUGAAGGUCGAAGGAGUUUGCUGUCCAGUCUGUUUAAAACAAACUAUUAGCAAGGAAAAGAAGCCAUAAAUCUCCUCUAAGAAUUUAAGAUGUGUCCUCUUCAAAUCAUAACGAUGCCUGCUGAUGGCAAAUACAGGUAACCAGAAGCUUAAAACAGCAGCAAGAAAUAAAGAUUUUACAUGACAACAUUCUAAUGGUGCUGUAACAGUAUAAGAUGAUGUAUUAUUUUACUAUUUGCCCAUAAAAAGAAAACCACAAUGCAAAAAUGUUGAACGGGAAAUAAACAGGUCAAGAUAAUUCUGUGUUAAGAUUCUCAGGUUAGACAAACUGAAUCUGGUGCUACUUCAAAAAGACACUGUCAAGUAGUUUUAGGCACCCAAACUGACUUACCUUAAAACGUUUACAUUAUAAAAUCAGAACAUCUCCCAUUUAUGAGAAAUAAGCACAAUAAAAAUAUUUACUUUUUCUUUUCAGUAUUAGUGUGACUUGAUGUUCAGUGCUCUGCUAAUAAAGUUAGAAGAAGAAAAGCUAAAAUAAAAGCUUAAUAAAACUAUGUUCAGAGCUGUACUAAUACAAGGGCAAUUUCUGCAAGCCGUCUGUGCAUUUGGAUUGCCUAGUCAAUUAUGCCGGCAUAUAGACAAUGAAGUAAAAACAAAAAAAAAUCUGUUACAUUUCAACCUCUCUUUAAUUGAAGAGGAAAAUUAAUCAGUGUUUGACAAAUUGACGAGCAUAAAAUUGCUAGGGAAUGAGAAACAAACAUCAAGUUUCUAGGACGGUAUUAAAACAAUGUGUAUUACAAAAAGUGUUUGACAGUGUUCCUUGAAUGUUAUUCCUCACUUUAGGAAGCAGUACAUGACUCAUAAGUAGCAUUUGAUAUUAAAAUUAAUAUAAUAUUUUUGUCAAAACAUAUGUAAUUGCUUGGCUACUUUUUAGAUUCAUUUAUUUUAAAUCAGUGUAAAGUGACCAUCCAAAGUCCAGUUUGCAAGCAUGCUCAGACGUGCUCACAGUCUAGUUACUAAGGCCCCGUUGUGAAAAUGUGAAAAUGUCACAUGCCAUUUUGCAUACAAAGAUAGCUACUGAUUCAUUGUACAUAUUGUCAGUAGACAUAUGUUCCUGAGUAUAUUAUGGCACUGAUUGUUUAUGAAAAGAACAAUCAAAAUGAAGCAUUAACCAUUAAUUGUGGAUUGACUACUCCUUUUUAUUUUUUUCUGACAAGGUAUUUGAGUUUAUAGGUUUUCUCCAUUUUUCAGCUAGUACAUGCAUACUUAUAACUGAGUCCCUUUAUAUGACUCAUGUUAAAAAUGAUCCUCCAGUGAACUUUACUCCUCACAUAAUUCAUUUUUUAGCACUAUAGAAUAUAUGUCUAUGUCAAUGCAGUGUAUGUGUUAAGCACACCAAUUCUUCACCUUUUUAACAGGCAUAUGUUAUUACAUUCAGUGAAAGACAACUAUCAUACCUCAUUUUACAGUUUUGUUUUUCAUUUAUAGUGCAUCUUCUGAAAAAAUCCCUAAUUUCCUACAAUUCAGGGCUCAGUCCUGCAGUCCUAAUGCAGAACUCUUACUGAAGUUAUUGAAUUCUCUGGAUUCUGAGUUAAUUGUUAGGAUUUAGGAAUCAGGGAUUUAGGGAUUAAUGAAAUCUGCACAAAUGUAAACAUUAGAGAGACAAAGUGGGUGAGGUAAUAUCUUUUACUAGACCAACUUCUGUUGGUGAGAGAGACAAGCAACAUGCAAGUCUUUUCAAAUUAUGUAAAGACUUAAUUUGCAUAGUAAAUCACAUUUGUGUGUAAUAGCUAAUCUAUUGCAACAAUGCCAUUUCCACUAUAAUAUUUUGGCACAUAAUUUCCCUGGUUAGUAGCUUUAAUGUUCUAUAAUUUGAUAACUACAUACUAUGACACUGCUUUCAAACUUUGGUAUAUAUUACAAACUUACUACAAUGACUUGUUUGACGGUGUGGUAAGAGUAAUAUGUACAUGUGAGUGGGGUGUUAAGCAAAGACGUAUGUUAGAGGUACAUGGGGUAUUUUUAAGAAUAUUUCAAUUGAUUUUUAUAUAUAAAGUUUUGACUUAUGUAACCUAUUUUAAUAUUUUUAGAAACUGUGUGGAAAGCAUGUUUGAGUAUCCUAUGGUAUCUAGGGCUUCACAUUCCUUCCCCUUUUUUGAUACUCUAGUAUUUUAUUCUGUUUUCUUGAGAGUCCAAAUCACACAGUCACCCUGGAAACCCUAUGCACAUGGAACUCCCAUUGAUUUACAAUAAGAAUUCCUCAAGAGAGAGGCUUGCAGAACCAAAUCAAAUAUCAUAAUUCAAGUAUGUAUAUGGUUAUAUAGACCAGUAAAAAAAAAAAGUGCUUCCAAUGGGUUAUUAAUUUCAUCCCCCCCACGUUUAUAUGAAUUAAAUAUCCUUAGAAUUUCAGAUCAUAGCAGAAGAGCUUUUCCAUUUAUACACUAUAUAACAGUACCAUGUAUCUCAUUCCCCCGCUCCCUGCCGCAGAAUAAAGUGAAUAUCUGUUGUUCUUUGUUCAGUGUUUACUCAUACAAUAUAUAAAAAUAUUCUGGAAUAACUCUUGAAAUGCUUAUACCGCUUCAUCUUGAGUUAUUUUACAUAAACAUAAAACAUAAAGAAAAAGCAGAUCGUCACCAACAAUUUUAAAUGUAAUAAGCAAUCAAGAAUUGUAUAAAUUUACUUGUAUUAAAGUGUCUACAGAUUCAGCACCGAUAUUAACAUUUCUGAAACAGUGGCCAGUGGCUGCAUGAUCAUUUCCUCAGUAUCCACUGUGAGAAUAUUGCUGUAAUAUGUUGCAAAUUGUGCAUAUUUAUUUACUUAUUAAAACUGUUACCAAAAGCAGUCUUUGUUAUUUUUAUUGUAAUCAGUAAAUUUACCAAAGAACUGUUUGUACUGUGUAAUGAAUGCUUCUCAGUUGAAAUAAAUGGGCCACAUUUCCAAA